UUCAGCUUCCAGCUUCAGUCUGACCAGAACGUGUGGAUCCUUCAGGUGACACCGCAGCUUCUCCUCCAGGUUCUUCAGGUUCUUCAGGUUCUUCUGCUGGAUUAAAUCCGAGCUCGGAUCCGGAAUCAGAGUUUUUCUUCUCGUUGCAGCUCUGACUGUGAUGAGAUCUUCUGGACGUCCUUCUUCUUCUUCUCCACGUCGCUGAGGAUCCUCCAGAGAUGCUUCCAGACUUCAGGUCCCUCCAAGUCCUGGUUCUGGUCCUCCUCACACUGCUGCAGACCUCAGAGUCCAGAUCCUGGACCCAGACGGGGCCUCGGCUGCAGAUCUCUCACUCAGAGCUGAGGAACGGUUCUGCGGUGUUCUGGGAGGACGGGGUCAGCGGAGGGUUCCAGGUUCUGCUGCUGGACGAGGACCAGGGCUGGUUACUGGUGGGAGGGAAAGACCACGUCUACCUGCUGAGGCCGGACGGUGUGGAGCUGAAGACCAGGACGAUCUACUGGCCGGCUGCUAGAGAACACGUGGAACACUGCAGACUGGCAGGAAAGAGUCUGGAGACCGAAUGCGCCAACUUUGUCCGUCUGCUGCAGCCGUUCAAUAAAACUCACAUUUAUGUUUGUGGAACCGGAGCUUUCCAUCCUCAGUGUGCAUAUCUGCAGCUGGGACCCAACACAGAGUUCCUGUUGUCAUCGGUGGAGUCUGGACGAGGAAAGUGUCCCUUCAGCCCCACAGAGCCGUUCGCCGCCCGGCUGGCCGAGGGUGAACUCUAUGCAGGAACCUCAGUGGACUUCAUGGGAGCGAACGCCGCCAUCUUCAGGACGUCCGUCCAGGGCAGCAGCCAGCAUUACAUCCGGACCGAGGCCUACGACCACAACUGGCUCAACGAGCCGGAGUUCGUCGGUUCCUUCUCCAUCCCCGAUACUCACAGUCCAGACGACGACAAAGUUUAUUUCUUCUUCAAGGAGCGAGCUGUGGAGGCCGGACAGUGGGACCGGAGGGUUUACAGCCGAGUGGCUCGAGUCUGCAAGAACGACGUCGGAGGAAAGAGGAGUCUGAUCAACCGCUGGUCGACCUUCCUGAAAGCCCGGCUCGUCUGUUCGGUUCCGGGUCCGUCUGGAGUCGACACUCAGUUCGAUGAACUCGAGGACAUCUUUGUUCUGGAGACCAAAGACCCUCAGAAUCCGACCGUCUACGGAGUCUUCAGCACCUCCAGCUCCGUAUUUCGUGGUUCAGCUGUUUGUGUUUAUUCGAUGGCGUCCAUCAGAGCAGCUUUCAACGGACCGUUCGCCCACAAAGAAGGUCCAGACUAUCGCUGGGUCGAGUACAAAGGACGGAUCCCUUAUCCGAGACCUGGAACUUGUCCCAGUGAGACGUACGACGUCCUCCAUAAGUCCACCAAGGACUUCCCCGAUGAUGUCAUCAGCUUCAUGAGGCAGCACCAGCUCAUGUGGGAACCCGUCCUGCCUCUGGGGGGACGGCCGGUCCUGACCCGGGUCCAGCAGGACGACCUGCUGAAGAAGGUGGUGGUGGACCGAGUGGAGGCCGAGGACGGAGCCUACGACGUCCUACACCUGGGGACAGAUGAUGGGAAGGUGGUGAAGGCUGUGUCGGUCAUGAAGGACGGCCUGGACUGGGAGGAGAUCAUUCUGGAGGAGAUGAGCGUCUUCCAGAGUCCGACUCCCAUCCUGAGCAUGAAGCUGUCCACCAAGAGGCAACAUCUGUACGUCUCCAGCAACGUCGGCGUCGUCCAGCUGAGCCUCCACAGAUGUGACUUUUAUGGAUCCGACUGUGCCGAGUGCUGCCUGGCCAGAGACCCUUACUGCUCCUGGGACGGACAGACCUGCUCCAGGUUCUUCCCAUCCAGCAAGAGGCGUGCACGGCGGCAGGAUGUGAAGUAUGGAGACCCCUGGAGUCAGUGUCCAAUCACAGAGGACGACUCUGUGGAGGUGAAGCAGAUCUACGGCGUUGAAGGAAACUCCACCUUCCUGGAGUGCUGGUCUCGGUCCGGUCAGGCUGAGGUCAGAUGGACGCUGCAGCAGAACCAGAACACAGAGCUGCCUCUGACUGACGACCACCGGCGCCUCCUCCUGAAGCGAGGUUUGCUGCUGCAUCGUUUGGACCCGACCGACGCCGGCGUCUACAGCUGCAGCGCCCACGAGCAGAACUACGUCCAGCUGCAGGCCCGGUACCGGCUCCACGUCCUGCCCCAGCACGGCCUGCAGACGGCGUGGAGGCUGCAGCCGGGUCUUCAGCCUCACAGGAACUCGUGGGCGAAUCCUCUGAGGAGCUACAAGGACCUGCAGAUGGUGGACAGCCUGAACGUGGACCAGUACUGUGAGCAGCUCUGGUACCGAGAAAAACGCCGGCAGCAGAAGCUCCGGACGCUGAAGCUGAAGCAGGAGAGCAAGAAGGCCCGAGUGAGGAGGAACAAUCCUCCAGAACGGUCCGAACAGGAGGAAUAGUCCUCCAGAACGGUCGAUCUAUCGGGCCGAGGACUCAGAGGAACCAGAACCAGACAGUUUGCUUUCUGAGCAAAGAGCAAUAACCGACACCAACUAUAUUCUCCAUAAACACUGACUAAUAUUCCAGAUAUCCUGAAUAUUUUCACUCGUAGACGCAACAGGAAAUGGAAAACUUUGACGUAUUUCUCUGAAUUUGCAUCUUUUCUGGACAUUUCAUUUGUAAAAUCCCUCUGCUGUCAGUUUUCACGUCUGCUGCUGCACAAAACGUGGACUUUAGUCUUUUUACUGCAAAAACACCAAAUUCUACAAAGUAACUAAGUACAUUAACUCGAGUAAAGGAAGCUACAGGUAUCCCAGUUUUAAGAUUCUUAUAUUUUCUGCUACUUUUUUUAUUCUUUAGUUGCUUUGCACAUUGAGAAACAAAUAAAGGAUUUAUUGUUAUUAUAGAAACUAGCAGCAUAAACAUUAAAACCUUUGACUAUAAUCGCCAUAAAGAUCGACUAAUAUUCCAGAUAUCCUGAAUAUUUUCACUCGUAGACGCAACAGGAAAUGGAAAACUUUGACGUAUUUCUCUGAAUUUGCAUCUUUUCUGGACAUUUCAUUUGUAAAAUCCCUCUGAUGUCAGUUUUCACGUCUGCUGCUGCACAAAACGUGGACUUUUAGUCUUUUUACUGCAAAAGCACCAAAUUCUACAAAGUAACUAAGUACAUUAACUCGAGUAAAGGAAGCUACAGGUAUCCCAGUUUUAAGAUUCUUAUAUUUUCUGCUACUUUUUUUAUUCUUUAGUUGCUUUGCACAUUGAGAAACAAAUAAAGGAUUUAUUAUUAUUAUAAAAACUAGCAGCAUAAACAUUAAAACAGCGCCGCCUUUGACUAUAAUCGCCAUAAAGAUCGACUAAUAUUCCAGAUAUCCUGAAUAUUUUCACACAUAGACGCAGCAGAAAACUUGUCUAUCGGUUAUUUAUUGGUUUUUGAUGUAAAACGUGUUCAGACAUAUUUAGUUUGUUAAAGGAGCCGUAAAAACAUCAGUUCUGUUUUUUCCAAUUAGAAGGUUUUUUCGUGUUUUCCAGUGAACUUCUUGAACUUUCCUCCAACCCUGCUCUAAAUGAGCUCCUGUUUAACCCUAAAUUAUGAAGAUAUUCUCAAGAAAAGGCCAUUAAAGACGUCCUCUGGAAUAAACCUUUAAAACCACAACUCAUUGGUCAGAAAGUGACGUUUUUGUGGAAUGAACCUUUAAAACACAAGUACUUGAACAGAAAGUAUUAUUUUGUGGGAAAAAACAUAACUUUGUAGUUUGUUGACAGAAUAAACCCUCAGUACUUGGACAGAAAGUGGUAUUUAGGUGGAAUGAACGGUUAAAACCAUAAUUUGUUGGUUAGAAAGUAUUUUUGGUGGAAUAAACCUUUAGUACUUUGACAGGAAGUAGUAUUCUGUGCGACCACCAGGGGGCGUCAUGGUGGAAUAAACGUAAAAAAUCAGAGGUCAAAGAUCAAUGCACUAAUUAACACAAAUAACGUGAUAUGUAAUUGGAUAAAAAAAUAAGAAAUGAUGACAUUUCAGCUUCAUUGAACAACAUAAUGAUCUUCAGAAAUACUUUUCUGGCCGAUUAUUUAACCCGAAAACUCUGAACUGACUGAUUUAUACCAAACCUGGACGUAUUUUUAGUAAUUUGCAGUAAAAAAAUUUGCUAAUUUUACGCAAGUUUUGUGGAAAUUAGCUGAAAAAUGACUGAAAUGUUUAUAGUGUUUAAAAGAGUCAUUAAGUAGGAAACCUUAUCAAAGUGUUUAGUGGGAUGCUUUUUAAUGGACUAAAAUCUCUUCUUCUUGUACAGUUUGUGGUUUUUUUUUAACCUAAAUUCUGUAUUCAAACCUCCUAUAACCAACAUGACAUGAGGAUAUAUGUGUUUGACUCAUGAGUUAAUUUCCUGCUUCACGUGUUCAACAGAAACGUGUAUUUAAGUUUGAUCAGAAACAGCUGAUGACUAAAACGCACACAUUACAUGGACUGAAGCUCAGUCGCACACCUGUAAAUUAAAGACCUGGUUUUGAUAGUUUUCUGUCUUUAUCCAGCAGAAUUUAGCUCAUUUUGUCUGUUUCUAUAAACCUGUGUUUGUGUGUUUUUUUAAUAAGCUUUGAGAAGAAAACCGGAGGAACGACUUGUGAAUAAAGCCACAAAUGACUGAAAUAUAAGGAAUAAAACAGUUAAAAGUUUCUUUGUGCAACUUGACUCACACAUCCUGACAAGCUGCUUAGAAUCUGUGAUAUUAUCAGACGAUGCUGAUUUUAAAGGGUUUCUGGGGUUGACUUUUUAAGUUAAUGGAAAAUAGCAAGUAUAUAAGUGUAUGUACUUGAACAGAAGGUAGUAUUUUGGGUGGAAUAAACCUUUAAAAUCAUAAUGUGUUAGUAAGAAUGUAGUGGAAUUAGCUUUUAGUACUUGGACAGAAAGUAACAUUAGGGUAAACAAACCCUUAAAACCAUCAGAACGUGGACAGAAAGUAGCAUUUUGGGUGGAAUGAAUCUUUAAAAUCAUGACCUAUAGUUCAAAAGUAGCAUUUUAGGAGGAAUCGGACUAAAAACUGUUCAGUAAAAAGUGCUAUUUUGAUUAAAUGAACUUUUAAAACUGUAAGUACUUGGUUUGAAAGCAGUAUUUUGGUUGGAAUCAUGUAUCUUUGUAGUUUUGUCUUUUGCUGUUGUUCAGAAUCUGUUUUUAUAUUGUCUGAUUUAUUUUAGAUGAAUACUCACAGCUGUGAUGACAGACAGAUAAAGAUGAAGAGGGCAGAAGACAAAGGUAACCUUCAGGUGUGCUGUCCAGUUUGUUGGCCAAAUAUCCCAUCAUGGCUGUUCUUUUACCCAGAUGUUGAUCCAACCAUCCUGAAGAACCACAAGUCAAACAAGUCAGAAUUCAUGAAUGACAUCAUCAAGGCCCUUACUGAAGAAGAAUGGGGUUCUCAUACACAGAUUUACUCAGACAGUCCAAACAAUGCUGAUAAUGAUGAAGUCACUGUUGGUUUAUUCUUUCCAGUUUUCAAGAUCAGAAAAGGCUUUAGAGUUCCAGAUGACAGCAUUCACUGCAGAAAUAUCAGGGAUCAUUUUGGGACUUUGAUGGGUGAUGGACAACAAACUGGUCAGAAUUAUGUAGCGAUUCAUCAGCCGUGUUGACAUCAAUAAAGAAGCAAACUCUAGAUCCAGACUCAGUUUUCUAUUAGAAAUAUUUCAAACACUGUUUCAAAUCCACAGAGCAGGGUGUGAGGUGGUUUUAUUUGGGUUCCAGCACAUGUGGGUGUGGAGGGUAAUGAGGAAGCAGAUAGCUUAGCACAAAGAGCAACCAAGGAGGAAAGAAUAGAAUUUGAUUUAGUGUAACAGGGUCGAUUAUACAUUAAUAUAUGUGUGUGCAUAUGGAAUACAGUAUAUUGUACUUUAGUUAUUGUGAUAAUUACACAAAAUCUGUGUCUGUGGAUUUGUUUUUGUUUCAGUUAAUGCCUGACUAGUUGAGCCUCCCUGUCAGUAAGUGGAACUUUGGUUCGGUUUGUAUUACUACAGCCACAUUCUAUGUAACACUGCCUCUAUAAGUGGCGUUUUCGCGCCGAUUUUCUCCCCUUUUGUCAUGAAUCUCUGUGGGAGAGGUAAGCAGUUUUGCUAUCCGGUGAAAUUCCUGUUCUAGCAAGCUAAAACUUGUCACAAGAUGCUUACUUUGUUAUCAUUUGAUCUGUGUAGGGGCAUGUGUUGUGGCGAUCACUGACAGGAGGAUUUUCUGUUAAUAUUUUCAUGUCAGGAUCCGGAAAAUAAAUGGAGACUGCCUCCAAAAAGAUGCACGCCUGAGUUUUUCAUAACACAACGCAGAGACAGAAACAAACUGGUCACAUUAGCACACAGAGAGUCAGAUUAUGACUCUGUUAUUAACAAACUAGUCAAAGAAAUAUGGCAGAGGGUUCAGCAAACAAAAGAAGAGGGGGACUGAUUUUGCUAUUCAAGGUAAAAUGGGAAAAGUCAGAAGGCCCUUCAGUGGUGCAAGAAGAGACUCAGUUGUUCUAACCUGGUUAAGACUCAGACACUGCAGUCUGAAAAGUGGACUGGCUUUGAUUGGGAAGCACAGAGAGAGGAACUGUGAGUGUGGUGAACUAGAAACUGUGAGAAUGUUCUUAAGUGUAAGCUCUACUCAUGCCAACAGAAGAAACAUUAGAGACUAGGAGCAGCUGGACGAACUGUUUUUAAUCUUUGCUUUCUACUUAACAUGGAGGAGUGGACAAAUAUGAAGAAACUUCUGAACUUUCUCAUGACCACAGGACUGCAUAAGAAAAUAUGGAGGAUUCUCUAAGGACUAUGAGUAACAUCCAGUAGGUGGCAGCAAUACGCCAGUGAUGCGUCUAGUCCGCCCAAUUCAAUGAGGAAGAAGAAAGUAAGUCAGUGUUUCUGCCGGAACUUCACAGUGUGACACCUGGCGGAUGUAGCAUGAGCAGAGUUAGCUUCACUGCUGUGUGGACUGAGCUCUGAAACGGCUGUAUUAUAGUAUGAAUGAGAAAUAUCAGAGCGAUAAAGUAACGAUGUGUUCAGUUGAGUAUCUGAGAGAGUUGAUCAGCGACAGACUAGCUGCUGCUGCUGGAGAAAUAUUCACAGAGUUUGAAAAAAACAUCGUCCAGUACCAGGAGGAGAUCGAUCGUCAGCGCAGACUGCUGGAUGUCAUCUGGAAACCACACAUCCCCUUACAGCUCAUAGAGCUCCCACAGUCGUAUGUCUGUGAGAAUGAGAAGACUGUUGUUGACCAUCAGCCCCAUGACCAGGAGAGAAACUCCAUGGUGGACCAUGAGGACCCAGAGCCUCUACGGAUUAAAGAUCAGCAGGAGAAACUCUGCAUCAGUUGGGACCAAUCAAACAAAGAGAUUUCUCAAAUUAAAGUGGAACAGGAAGAAUUGUGCACCAGUCUGAACCAAUUAAACCCAGGGUUACCAAAAAUUGAAGUGGAACAGGAUGAACUCUGCUCCAGUCAGGAGGAAGAGUUAAUUGCAUUGAAACAGGAGACUAAUACCUUUGAGGUGACUCCUGCUGAUGAGGAAAGUGACCACAGUGAACCAAAACCAAACAGUGAUCAGCUCCUGUUUCACAUCUCUUGUGCAGCUGAGAGCCCAGAUCAGGAAGGAAGCAAGGAUGUAGACUCAGGAUCAACUAGAUGUAUGGAGCAGAAACCGAGACAUCAGAGUAACAGCAGUCACAGUAAUGAUGUAGACGAUGCUCCAACAUCAGAGAGACAGUGUGAUAAUGACAAGGCAAGAAAAUCUUUACCAUGCGAUGUCUGUGGAAAAUCUUUUAGGUAUAAAUCAGUUUUAAUCAAACAUCACAGAACCCACACAGGUGAGAAGCCGUAUUCUUGUGAAACCUGUGGAAAAACCUUCAUUCAACGUUCCCAUUUGACUGCCCACAUGAGACAUCACACAGGUGAGAAGCCAUAUUCUUGUGGAACCUGUGGAAAAAGCUUUAGUCAAGGGGGUUCUUUGACUGAACACAUGAGAUGUCACACAGGCGAGAAGCCAUAUUCUUGUGGAACCUGUGGAAAAAGCUUCAGUCAACGGGGCUCUUUGACUUACCACAUGAGAUGUCACACAGCUGAGAAGUCGUGAUCCUGAAACAUCUGUGGAAAACAUAAUGUCAGAACUAAGGUUGAAACAACAUGGAAGAAAUGGUACAGGUUAAAAGUAGAUGUUUUAGAUUUAAAGCACCUUUAGACUGUGCUUCAACAACAAUUGUGAAGAAGUAUGUCAGCAAUCCUUGAUGAUCAGACCAGAUGGAGUCUGGACUGUGGUGGUGGUGGAGCAGGCAGAAGAACCAAACUGAAUGUCUGGAUGGAUAUGGUAUUGGUACAGACUGCUACAUUUCUGUUAUCAUGACAUCCUUCAUCAGCAGAGCAGUGAUUGGAGAUAUUGUGAAGCUGUUUGGAACAUUUUCACAUCCUGCUGAGAGAACAUGGCUGUUCAGGUGUGAACAUACUGCUGGAAUCCACUCAGCUUGAGCUCUGCCAUCUUUCAAGUAAAAGGAGGCAACGAGAUACAGAGACAUUGUGACAGUAGGACACAACAGAGUGUGUCACUGCAGCAGAGGAGAUCUGGACGUGAAAUAAAGUUGUAAUAAAACA